AUGGAAACAACACGAGAUGAAUUCGGCAUGUCAAGUCGGCGAGCAGCUAAGCCCCUACGUGCCAUCGAGGAGAAGUAUGGAUCGCCAAUGGGCGUCAUCCACCGAGGUGACCUGCAGCGCAUCCUCCUAGCUGCAGUGCUCAAGGGUGGCUGUCGCCUCUUCACUGGCAGCAACGUCGUGGCUGUCGAUUCGCAGUUCCGACCUCGUGUGCAGGUCGGUGACACCAAAGCAGCGAAAACCAUCUGGCUUGAGGGUGAUGUGGUGAUUCCCGCCGACGGAAUCAAAUCUUCACUGCGAAGGCAGAUGGUGGCAGAGGUGGGACAAGGUCGGAAGAUGGCACGCAGCUCCUUGUGA